CUUUUAUUCUGUCUUGUUAUUUUGCAGUACUUCACCAGCCGUCUGAAAGACUCUCCAUCGGUCAACCAGACCGAGGCAGCAGGUGACCAGCGCAGCGUCCUGGAGGCCAAAUUUAACAACGUGAUGACGCUGUGUGCAAUGCUGCCGCUGCUGCUGUGCACCUGCCUCACCUCCUUCCUGCAUUCACUUGUUUCUCAGCGCCUUCGUGUGAUGGGCAGCCUGAUUGUCAUCAUGUUCGUCUUCGUCCUCACCGCCAUCCUGGUCAAAGUCCAUCUGGAGCCGCUGGCCUUCUUCUGUGUGACCAUGGUGAAAAUCAUCAUUAUCAAUUCCUUCGGGGCGGUGCUGCAGGGCAGUCUGUUCGGGAUGGCGGGAUUGUUGCCUGCUCUCUACACCACCCCCAUCAUGAGUGGUCAGGGACUCGCUGGAACCUUCGCAGCCUUCGCUAUGAUCUGCGCCAUCGCAAGUGGGUCUGAAAUGCAGGACGCAGCCUUCGGUUACUUCAUCACAGCCUGUGGUGUCAUUUUCCUGUCUGUGCUCUCCUACAUCCUGCUGCCCAAAAUGGAGUUUUACCAGUUUUAUCAGGAAAAAAACAAGAAGCAGCCAUCCGAAGAUGAACAGACCUCAGUCAGUCUGGUAAACAAAGACACUAAAGAUACAGCAGAUGAUCAGUGGAGACAGCAUGAUAUCUCAAUGAUGAAGAUAUUUAAGAAGUGUCUGCAGAACGAGCUGUACUUCAUCCCAGUCAGCUGCUUCUUGCUCUUUAACCUGUGUGACUGGGGUGGGCGGAGCCUAACCGCCGUCUGCAUGUGGCCCAGCAAAGAAAGCGUGAUUCUUCCCGUUUCCAUCCUGUGUCGCGUGGUCUUCAUCCCCCUCUUCAUGUUGUGUAAUGUCCAGCCUCGUUUCAACCUGCCCGUCUACUUCCAUCACGACGGCUUCUUCAUCGUUUUCAUGGUGCUCUUCGCCUUCAGUAACGGAUACCUGGCCAGCCUGUGCAUGUGCUACGGCCCAAAAAAUGUUCUUCCUCAUGAAGCUGAAACAGCAGGAGCCAUCAUGGCCUUCUUUUUGUCCCUGGGUUUGGCUUUGGGAGCCGCGGUGUCUUUCAUCUUCAGAGCUUUGGUCUAA